UGUUUUUUAUUCGCAAACAGAAGAUUUGUUUCCAUAAAAUGAAAUUUCCAAUACAAAAUUUAAUUUUAUUCUGGAUAUUAACGGAAGCUUCUAACGCUGAAAGGUACCCGGAAACGAAAGCCAUAAUUCAAGAACUUACACAAAAAUAUAAUUUUAAGUUUGGUGUAUCUUCAUCGGCAUUUCAAAUUGAAGGAGCAUGGAAUGAAUCGGGUACAGGUGAAACUAUGUGGGGACGUUAUACCAUCGAUUAUCCAGAGAGAAUCCCAGAUCAUUCAAAUGCUCAUGUCGCUUGUGAUUCGUAUCAUAAUCUCGAACGAGAUAUCAACAUGUUAAAAUUUCUGGGAGUAAAAUUUUAUCGAUUUUCUAUUUCAUGGGCACGCCUGUUACCCUCACCUAUUUUACACGAUGGCGUGAGCCAGGAGGCGUUAAAAUACUACCAUAACUUAAUUGAUCAAUUAAAAGCGAAUAAUAUUACACCAAUAUUAGAACUGUUUCAUUAUGAUAUGCCCAAAAGUGUUAGUGAUCUUGGAGGUUGGACAAAUGCGAAGAUAAUUAAAUAUUUUGUGCAUUUUGCUCGCAUUGUAUUCGAUAAUUUUGCUCAUAAAGUAGAUAUUUGGGUUACGAUUAAUCAAUCUGAUAAUACAUGCACAUUACACUAUGGAUCUGAUUUAUUUCCACCUGUAAUUGAUGAAUCGGGUGUUGCCGUAUAUUUAUGUAUAAGAAAUAUGCUCCUAGCUCAUGCCAGAGUUUAUCAUUUAUACAAAAAUAAAUAUAAUUUAAAAAAUAAAGGUAUCAUGGGUAUAAUUACGAAACUGGAUUGGUAUGACCCGACCACGAAUUCUACUGAAGAUUUGGAAUUUAUAAAAACAUUCCGGAAAAUGAUGUAUGGAAUAUACAGUGAUCCGAUAUUUUCGGAAGGUGGUGAUUAUCCAGAAAUUGUAAAAGAAACCGUAGCCAAAAAAAGUAAACAACAAGGAUUUCAUGUAUCACGUUUAGAAUUGCUAACGAAGGACGAAGUCAAAUAUAUACGAAAUACCUCAGAUUUUUUUGGUCUUAGUUAUUAUACUCGAGUUAGAAUAUAUAAAAAUCCAGUCGAAGAAAAAACAAAUUUGGAACCACAACUAGAAUUCAAAGUAAAAGUACCAUCAUUUUUUGACGACAUGAAUUAUUACGUUGCUUCUCGAGAUCCGACUUGGAAACCUACGGAAAUAAGUCGAAUAAUGGACUCUCCGGAAGGCUUAAAGAACAUUUUGCUGUAUAUUAAACACGCCUACAAUAAUCCAAAAGUAUUCAUACUGGAAAAUGGCUGUGGAACCCUUCAUGAUACUCUGUACAAUGAUGGAUGUAUUGAAUACUUUAAGGGUCAUUUAAAUGCAAUAUACGAUGCAGUGGUUAACGAAGGAUGUAACAUUCAUGCAUAUGGAAUGUGGGGAUUAAUGGAUAACUUUGAAUGGGAGAGUGGAUACACGCAUCGAUUUGGAUUGUUUCAUACGAAUUUUAGUGACGAAAAACGAUCUACAAAACCAAAAGCAACUGCAUAUUUUGUAAAAGAAAUUUUGGAUGCUAAGUAAAAACUUUGAUGGUUGUUAAAUUAUUUGCGGACCUAAGCAAAUAUCCUUGGCUCUUGUAAAGAAAAGUGGAAUGAAGAAAAUUCUAACGGGAUAACGAAUAAUUUAUUUUUACUUAUUGUUACUUGAUUAAAAUGUUGAAUGAAAUUGAAAUUUAGAAGCUUCUAUUAUACAACCUUUAUUAGCAAGUGUAAA